AUGGACAAGAAUGUCGCCAGGAACGAUGCCAAGAGUGAACUAACCGAACGGUUACGUCAAGCGAUAUUCGUCGAAGACUCUCCGGAUGAAAAUAUAAUCAAAACAGCAAGGCCGACUGCAAAAAGUAUACGCGACGUUUUGAAUUCGAUUACUAAAUUAUCGUUAUAUAUUUUACAUAGUAUGAACACUCUUCUUGUGGCGUAGCCGGGAAAAAACGUUCGGGAGAGGGGGUGGGUUUAAUACUUAAUCCUCUCGAUAUUAAUUUUUUUUUUUUUCAAAGUGAAUUUUCCAUAAACUAUCAACAAUGUCGAAAAAUCUUACACCAAUUAUUAUGUAUUAUGUAUUAUCGGUGCAAUAAAAUUUUAUCCAAUUAUCUAUAAACUUAAAUACAUAAACACAUUUAAACAAUUAAAAAGUAGUUUCCGGUGACAUUUCGGAGGAGAUGGGUUGUAACCUGCUUACCACUCUUACGGCUAUGUCACUGCAUUUUCAUCUAGAAUUUCUCGGGGUACAGUCAAAAGUUUUAACUUGAGUUUUUACUAGAAUAGUUAUCAGUUAUCAAUGUCUAAACAAAUUGUAUUAUUUUGCUAGUUAUAAUAUUAUGUAUUAAUUUAUUUUUAUCAAAAAAUAAUAUACUGUAUAUAUAUUUAUAUAAUAUUAAUUUGAGACGAGAUCAUCAGAAAUGUGUAAAAUAUUAACUAACCUAAUAUUAUAUUAUUACAUGUUAUUAUUCGUUAUUUUAGUAAAUAAAUUGAACCCGCAGACUAAAGCAUCGACCGUAUUCAAGCCAAGUAUAAUUCAAAUGCCGCAAAUAAAAGAAAAAAUUGGAGCCUCGGAAUCACCAAUCAACUUUGUAAAGCCGACAGUCAAGCCAUCGGUCAAAAUUGGCAUUCGGAGAAGUAAAAAGAAAUCGGUAAUAAACGAUCGUUUGUCGAAUAUUGACUCAAAACCAAACUAA